AUGCUCAGAGCUCAGGUGAAGUCAGAUGAACAAACGGGCACAAAGUUCCUCCUGGAGGCGAUCUCCAGAGAUCAAGUCCACCUGGCCAGGUUCGUGCUGGACGCGCUAGAUGGGGGGAUCGUGGAUUCUAAAUCAGACAGCGCGCAGACCCCUCUCAUCUCCUCCAUUCUGUUGUCUGAUAGUCUGAGCCGGUGCAAGUUUGUGGAGCUCCUCCUGCAGAGAGGAGCCAGCGUGAACUGUCAGGACGCCCACGGACGCACCGCGCUCAGUUACGCCUGUGAGAGAGGCUGUCUGGAUGCGGUCAAGAUCCUGGUGCGGAACAACGCGGACCCGGAGAUCGAGGACGCCUGGGGGAACACCGCGCUCAUGUACGCUGCAGUGUCAGGUCACUCCGCUGUGGUUGAGUUUCUAGUAAGAGCUUUCAAGAGGCUGGGUCUUCAAGUAGACAGACAAAAUAAAGCUGGGAACUCUGCCGUGGAGGUAGCCAAGUGUCUCGGUCACACAGAGUGCAUCUCUGCGCUCACCCACAGCUCCAAGAAGAACCGAGAGACCGAGGGCAGAAGUCUGAGAUGUAGAGACUUGGAUGAAAAGUUUCAAAUGAAACUCGGGCCUGUGGUGAACAAACUUGAGGUUCUCCAAACAAGUUAUCAUGUAGACUAUCAAACAAUUCAAACUUGUGAUUGGCAGCAGAGGCCGUGGAUGAAGCAGAGUCGUUUGCCCUCGAUGGACUCCAUAGAAGAGUUUGAAAGAGAAGACGACAGCUUCACUUCGUCUCCUCAGAAGCUGGUCUUCUCGGGUGUCCUCACCCCCAAACCCCCUCCUCGGUCUCUAGACCGCACCCCCAACCCUAAACAGAAAGAUGGAGAGAGGCUAACCCCCUGUGAUGAUCUUCUCCCCCCGCUGACACUGAGCUGUGAGGCUCAAAAGUCUCUUUUCUUCUCACCUCGUCCUGGUAGAAACUCACCAAAACGCAAUGGACCUUCUGCUCUGGAAAUCUUACUGACCCCCAUCCUUGCAAAGAAAAACCAGGAUGAAUCAGAGACUAGUGAGUCAAAUAUGUUAGAUGUUCACAGAUUUCACGAGAGCUACUAUCAGAAAAGGUGUAGUCUGCCGAACAGCAUCCUCAGCCCCACACCUCCAGAGCGCACACUGGUGCCAUUGCGUAAAUCCAGAACCAUAAAGAGGCGCGAAGCUUCUCCCUGCAAGACAGACCCUCUUCAGAGUACAUCGACUUCAACCACGACUUUAACCAAACUCUUACGCAGAUUUACUUCCCCUGAGUUUAAAAAGGACGUAAAAUUGUUGGAGAAGGAGGAUUUGGUGAAGACUUCAGGGCUGAUGCCGCGAUCAGAAACUUUUCCACAGAUAUCAAAACACCCCAAAGUAGGCAGUAAAUCCAGCGUCGACAGCAUCAGCUCCGUCAAAUGUGAGUUUGACUUUCAUGUCAGAAAGUAA